CUCCUGGGAAUGUUUGGUCAGUGGAGGAGCCGCCAGUUUCGCGCUGUUUUGGAUAUUAACUGGUUAAAAACCGAACCGUAAACAUCUCUGAAGCGUCUUCGGAACCUUCGGCGGGAUGGAGGCGUGUGCGACGAAGCCGGAGGUCAAGAAGAGACCAAAGCCGGCUAAACCUCCUCCAAAGCCUGCUGAGAUGAAAAGAAGUGACCCGGAGAGGCUGGAGAAACCAACUCCCGCGGUGCCGACGCGGCCCACCGAUGCUAGCUCCGGAGAAAACGGCCGAUCCGAGGCCGCCGAAGUUCCCGAGGGCGAGGCGGACGUCAAACAGGGUACUCAGUCGGUCCUGACUGGGAUGUUUCGGCGGAGCCAAAGGGAGAAAACGCCCACGUUCACCAGUUACGUGUUGGACGACAGUGACGAAGAGGAAAGAAGUGGAGACGGCCCGGCCCGACAGGCUCCUGGCAGCAAACCGGUCGUUCUGAAGGGACUGGCGAGAGGUUUGCGGUUCAAGUCGUCGCCAAAGGCCAGCAGCGAUCCGAGUCCAGGUCCCAGCACGGAGGAGGAAGUCUCAGACAAGGGAGAGUCCACAGAAAAAAGCAAAACUGCAGAACCCAAACAGGAAAGAGGAGGAGGUCUGCUCGCUGGGAUGUUCAGGAAAACCCCCAAAGAGAGAUCACUGUCUCCCGCGCUCGCGGUCGGCAGAGGGGACGGUGAUCCCGAAGACACCGGCGGAGAGGAGAAGUCACCUGAACAGUCCCAGGAAAAGGGAGGCUUCUUCUCCGGGGUCCUUAAAAAAUCCCACAAAACCGCGGAUGGGACGCCUGCUCAGGAGGAUCCCAGUGCUCACAGCCAGCUGUCGGCCAGCAGCGACAGUCUGUCUGAAAACAACGGCGGCAAGGAAAAAGGAGGAAUUUUCAGCGGGAUGUUCAAGAAGUCUCCGAAACCGACGGACGCUGCUCAGACUGACGAGGACCAACGGCCCCUACACGACGAUCUGUCGGGCAGCGGGGAUAACCUGUCCGAGAACUCAAAGGAAAAGGGGGGAUUUUUCGGCGGGAUUCUGCGAAAGUCUCCCAGGAUUCCUGGCGAUGGGGCACCUGGGAAGGAUAAAGAGUCGCUGCGGGCCGAGCCGGCAGCCAGCAACGAGAGGCUCCCUGAGAACAGCAACAACGCCAAAGUAAGAGAGGAGAAAGGAGGCGUUUUCAAUGGGAUGUUUAAGAAGUCUCCCAAACUGUCUGAAGGGCCACGACUGGAGGAGGCUUCGGCGUCGCUGCACGGCGACCGCUCCGCCGGCGUCGAGAGCCUGUCGGAAAACAAGGAGAAAGGUGGUUUGUUCAGUGGACUCCUCAGAAAGACUCCCAAAACUACCGGAGAGGAGAAUCUGGCGGCACAGAAGGCCCUCUCGGCCAGCAGCGAGAGUCUGCCUGAGGCUGCCAACACAAAGGAGAAGGGAGGAGCAUUCAGUGGAAUUUUCAAGAAGUCAUCCAGACUUGCAGACGGUCCUGCCACAGAGGAAGAAAAACAGAUGCGAGGCGAUGAGCUGACACCAGGAAGUGAAGGUCUGUCUGAGAACAACACCAAGGAAAAAGGGGGAAUAUUUAGUGGAAUAUUCAAAAAAUUGCCCAAACCUGCAGAAGCUGCUCAACCUGAAGAGGAUGAGUGUCCUGAUAACGAGUUCUCAGCCAGCACUGAAAACUCAUCUGAGAACACACAGGAGAAAGGCGUAGGGCUGUUCAGCGGACUCCUCAAGAAGACUCCCAAAGCAUCAGGAGAAAGGACAGAGUCACCGGACAGAGAGGCUCAGAACGAGCUGUCGGCCAACGGUGACGACCCGUCUGAGAAUAACACUACCAAGGAAAAAAAUAUUUUCAGCCACAUGUUUAAAAAGCCGCAGAAACCAGCAGAGGGGGCUGCGGCAGACAAGGAGCAGGAAGUGAACAGCAAAAAUCCGUUAGCUGGUAGCUGUGAGAAUCUGACUGACACGACCGUCCUGAAGGAGAAACGAGGAGGCCUGGCAGGAAUAUUCAAAAGAUCGGCGAGCAUCGACAACCUAUUUGAGGAGGAGAAAGGUGGACUGUUCAGUGGACUUCUCAAGAAAACACCCAAAGUGUCCGGAGAUGAGGCAGCUGCAGAGGACAAAGACGAGCAGAGAGCGCUGUCAGCAAGCAAUGACAGCCUGUCAGAAAACGCUAGCACCAAGGAGAGAAGCAUUUUCAGCGGGAUGUUUAAGAAGACUCCGAAGCCAGCAGAGGCGACAACAGAUGAGGAGCCAAACACUGGUGAGGAUAAAAAAUUAUAUGCCAGUUGGGAAAAUCUGUUAGAAGUAAACACAUCAAAGGAGAAGACAGGAGGACUUGCAGGGAUCUUCAAAAAGUCUCCCAAACCGGCUCCACGCUCCGUCGCUACUAAGGAUCCACUCAGUGACACAAAGGAACUGUCCGCCAGCUGGGACAGUCUCACAGACGCUGCCGAGGCACACGAUCAGUUGUCCGUCAGUAACGAUAAUCUUUCUGAAGCUACAAGCAAGGAGAAAAAAGUUGGGUUCGCUGGCAUGUUCAGGAGGACGCCCAAAACUUUGGAACAACAGGAGAGCGAGGACAUGGAGGCACCAGAAGGAGGUGGGCUGAGACGCAGGAGGACGAUCAAGAAGAAAAGACGAGUUGUUUCAUUCCGAAUCAAGAGAACUCUUCCCAAAGUACCCAAGGUUGAUUUAUCGUCACAGACUCCAGAUAAGAUGCCAGUCAUUGAGGAGACUGUGGAGCUGCAGGAGCUGAGCCCGGCGCAGGAGAGCACAGUGGAGGUCCAGACGGUGGAGAUGGCAGCUUACCCGACUGAGGACAACCCUCUUCAACCUGAGCAGGAAAGUGAUGAAUUGAUGGAGUGGUGGAACACAGUAAAAGGUUGGACGGAGUGGAACGAGACAUCCAAUUUCAGGGAGGAGGAUGAAGAAAUGGCUAUGGAGCAGGCAGCUGAUCGUGUCUACAUGGCAGCUCGUGUCUUUGUGCGUCUUUUCAACCAGCGGGGCGCCACCUUACAGCAUCACAUCCUGGAGCUUUUGGCUCUGGCCGACGCCGCGGAUCAGUUCCACAGGAAAACGGUAACGGCUGCUGUGGGCGGAGGGGUGGCCAGUGUCGCGGGCAGCGUGGCAACGAUCACAGGGCUCAUUCUGGCGCCUUUCACUUUUGGUGCCUCUAUUAUUGUCACGGCAGUGGGGAUCAGUGUGGCGACAGCAGGCAGCAUCACCUCGGCGACGGCUAAUAUCACGGACACAGUUCACUCCAACAUGGACAGAAAGAAGGUGGAGAAGAUGAUCCAGGGCUACCAGGAGGAGAUCAAAGACAUCAGAGAGUGUUUGGAGUUCGUUCAGGAAGGUAUGGACACCCUGCAGGAGUGGGACUUUGAGAAAUUCUCUCAGAGUGCAGCCAAAAAGGCUCUGAACCACAACAUUAAACAUGUGGUGAAGGAGGGUGGUCGCGCCGGGAAAGCCCUGAUGAUCAACACUGACAAACUCAUUAGCACUGUACAGGUACUGGGCGCUGCAGGCGGCGCCGUCAAAGCUGCCCAGGCCAUCACCGUCACCACAGGGGUCAUGUCGGCCCUCUUCCUGGCUCUGGAUGUUUUCUUCCUCGCCAAAGACUCCCAUGAGCUCCGCAAAGGCGCCAAGACCAAAUUCGCCACCAAGAUCAGGGAGGUUUGUAAAGACCUCCAAGACGGUCUCCUGGAGCUGAACAAGGUGAAGACGCAGCUGCAGAAAACAAUGGACGGCAUCGAGGUGGAGGAGUACGAGGAGAUCGAGGAGGUGGAGGUGGAAGUUGAAGACGAUUUGGAGUCGGAUCCGAAGAAGCUGGCUGAGCUGGAGGAGGAGCUGGACCUCCUGGAGGAGAAACUGGACAAGAAGGCUGAGGAAGAGCAGAAGAAGAGUAAAGAGAUGGAGAAGGAAAGUCUGAAAAGUAAGGAGAAAAAGGAGGAGAAGAGCUCUAAGGAAAAAGGAGAUCCAAAGGAAAAGGAGGAGAAGGAGGAAAACGGAGAAAAUGAUGCAAAGAAAGAGGGAAAGAAGGAAAAUAAGGAAAAAGGCGAAGGAGAAAGCAAGCCGGAGUCCAACUUAGUGAAGUUAGCCGAUGAGGAAAAAGAGCAGAAAAAUGAGAAAAUUGGCAAAGCAGCUAAAGCGGAAGUUUUACAAGAACAAUCUCAGAAAGGAAGCAAAAAAGACAAAGAGACUGAGAACCGAAUAACAGCUGGAAAAGACAAAUAUGAGAAGGAGCCCGACAAGGCAAAAGAAGACACUGGUACAAACAAAAAGACAAACGAAAAACAGAAACAGGUGGCUGUCAAAGAAAAGGAGGAAAUUGAGAGCAAGUGGGGUCAUUCGAAACAAGACGACUGGAGUGGAAAGCAGAGUUCAGAAAGAGUCAAAACUGAGAGAGUGAGUCAAAGAAGCAAGAGCAGCAGAGAGGCUGAGACAGGGAUAAAGCAUGAAUGGAAAUCAGCGAAUAAAGAGAGAGAGGAGCAAAGUGGGAGUAUGAGGGGGCAUUGCAGCAGAAGCGACCAACUCGGAGAAAGAGGGAGUAAACAUGAAACCAGAGAAACUGGUAAGGAGAGAGGAAGCAGCAGCAGAGAUGUGGAGAGACUCACUGGAAAAGAAAGUGACAGGACGGAGGAGCAGAGAGGAGUAAAAGACUGGAGAGCCGAGAUGACAAAAAGGAGAGAAGAGAAAAGAGAAGGUAAAGAAGGAAGGAAGGAAGAAUCUAAGAGAGAGACAAAACAAGAAGAUCACGGAAGAAGCCACGCGAGGAAAGAGCCACAUCGAAAUCAUGAAACAGCGACGAGGAGGGAAAGAGAGUGGGGGAGAGGGACGGCCCCGCAUGAUGAGAAACGAGGGAGCAGGGUUGAGAGCGCGAGGAGGCAAUUUGAGAGGGCAGGAGGUGAGGAGGUGGAGGAGGAGGAGAGGAGGAAGAAGAGGGAGGAUGGAGAGAGUCGGAGGAGGGACAGAGAUAGGAGAGAAAGUGACAGAGACAGAGAGCGUGAACACAGCCGCCGGGGAUCUCGACCGCGAUCCAACGGUCUGCUGGAAGACGGACUGUAUAUUUAGUUUUAAUGGAUGAAUACGAAGUUAUUCUGCACUUUCUUUAUUGUGACCAAAUUAUACGAAAAGACCAAAAUCAACAAUGCGUUAAUCCGUCUCUCAAUACUUGAGGGUAGGUGGAAGAGCUAUUCAGUUCCAAAAUCUUUUUCAUGUGUCUGACAUACAAGGACAAACCUGCUUCACAAAGGUUUGUGAUCGGGACGAGCAGCAAAGUCCUAACUGCAUGCUGACUGGCAGAAUAUUCAGCUUUAACGCGCACUAGAAAGAUGACGGGACGGCGGCCGCUGAACCCGAAUGCGGCCGGUUAUCGAGGAUCGCUGAUCUGACACCAAAUAGGCGCCCAAAGAGAGAAAAAAAAAAACGUGAAAGCAGCCCAUGAGCUGUGGUAUCAUCAAUCAAUCAGUCAUAUGAGAUAAAGAUAGACCCACUGACCACGGCAGGGCGGCGAACAUACAUGAAAUUUCCAUCACUCAUUGUAGCAUUAGAAAUGUUAAUGGUUAUUUAUCAGUUCUUUUGUUAUAAUAUAAGAUAAAAACAAUUUUAAAAAAAGCAAUAAAAACACUAGCCUAAAAAAAAAAAACCCAUGUAAACAAGUAACCUGGUUUUCGUAAUCAAGGUAAGGGAUUAAGGAAACCUGAUUUCCCCCGAUGGAUUUCACCUCAUGUUACUGUUGCGGCCGUUGGUCGCGGAGGAGUGGAACCAACUGUCGGACCUCCCAAAUCUCAACUAUGUACCGUGUGUACAUGUGUUUGGUUGAUUUAACUCCUAGUGGGAGGUGGGUUUGGAAAAAGGAAACAAAAAAACACCACACGUAAACUUACUAGAUAAAAGAAAUCAGCCACGCGCACACAUCCGAAGGACCUCCAUGCGUGUUUACGUAUGUGCAGCCCGGAGGAGCGUUCACAAUUAUAUACAGUUAAAAUAAGAAAAACCGUGAUUCGAGAACGGGGUGGGGUGCGGGAGAGAAAUCGCAUUACUGAGCUGCUGCGUGUGUAUAAGUGGAUGUACAGUCACCAGGUUACGACAUCGCACGGCUAAUGGAGCAACAUUCCAACGCUGGGACUUCUUGAUGUGUGUUAAACCGUUCUUGGACAACACGGGGGAAAAAAACCUUGUCAAACAAUGCGCUGUUGGUUUUCGUCUUUUCAUUGGAUUGGUUGACAGCAGAUAAAGUUACGAGACUGAUCCUGCAAAGCUGCAAUCCGUGGUGUCUGUAAACGUUAAACCUCAGCACACCACUAUCAACUUAAUCAUAAAUGAUAACUCAAUCAUGGCGUGAACUCCCUGCUGAGAAGCAGGGAGGAUUAAACCAUCUCUGGUUUUUGUUGAAAAUAAAACCUCUAGUAGUAUGUAGCCAUGCAUAAACAUGAAUAUAUUUAGCUGUUUUCUUUUUAUUUUAUCUAUUAUUUGUUCGGUUUAGACAAUUUCUGCCGAUUCAAAGCAGGUGAAUGGGAUUUUCUUUUCUUUUCAGUGCAACUUUGAUUUAAAUUUUUUUUUUUUUUUUUUUUUAAGUUAACACCAGGAACAUUUUCAUCAUUCUGUUGCUUUCUAGAACAUAAAACCAAAAUGAACUGCAUGGCUCUUUAAAGCCUCUAUAUAUAGAAUUUUAUCUAAUUAUGGCAUCUUUUAAAUAUUCUAACAUUUUUGCAAAAGUUUGCAGAAAGUUUCAAAUCUUUCCAAGGAGGAGUUUGAACAUCUGUCUCCUUCUUUUUACUACUGAAGGCCUCUAGUUGCUUUGUAUAAAAUACCUUUCGCCACAGCAUCUGUAUAAGAAUCUGUGGAGCAGAUUUCCUAGAAAAUCUGACUUGACAUGAUAUAAAAUACGGCAUAGAGGCUGCUAGUAUUUUGUUAAUGCUUCACGAUAACGACUUACUCAAGUUGUUGCACACUCAGGCGUAAAAGUCUUUUCGUGCAGUCGUCGUAUUUCAGGCACUACAAAAACUUGCUCUGGUAAAUAGAGCAGGGGGAUGGAAUAAUAACAUCUGUAAUUAAGUCAUCGGAUCAUUGUUUUCGUCACAGACAGAUUUUCACUCGGUGCAAUUCAACCAGGCGUCUGUGCGUCGAACGUUGAACGUCAGCCGCGACCGCUUCUUAAUGUGUCUGGAAUAUGGUGCAAUGGUGCACCUGCUCUUGUGUCUGUUGUCACCACUGAUGUUUUAUAUCUUCACUGUUCUGUAUUUUUAUACAGGUGAGCGUUGAUUUUCCACGGUGCCGGUUUCUUG